AGUGCUUCCGCUGCUGCUGAGCAAAGAUGGCGGCGGACACCGCAACGGAGCUGCUGUUUUUAGACACUUUCAAGCACCAGAGCGCGGAGCAAAGUACCAAUAUAGAUGUAGUUCGUUUUCCAUGUGUGGUUUACAUAAAUGAAGUACGUGUCAUUCCUCCAGGAGUAAGAGCUCACACAAGUUUGCCUGACAAUAGAGCUUAUGGAGAGACAUCCCCACAUACAUUUCAGUUAGACCUGUUUUUCAACAAUGUCAGCAAGCCAAGUGCCCCUGUUUUUGACAGGCUGGGAAGCCUUGAAUAUGAUGAGAACUCUUCAAUUAUCUUUAGACCCAAUGCAAAGGUCAACACGGAUGGAUUGGUCCUAAGAGGCUGGUACAACUGUCUGACAUUAGCAAUAUAUGGAUCAGUUGAUAGGGUAAUAAGUCAUGACAGAGAUUCUCCUCCACCCCCUCCACCACCACCUCCUCCUCCCCAGCAACAACCAGGUUUGAAAAGAAACCCAAAACAUGUUGAUGGGGAGAAAGAAGAUCAGUUCAAUGGGAGCCCUCCAAGACCACAGCCCAGGGGACCAAGGACUCCUCCAGGUCCUCCACCUCCUGACGAUGAUGAAGACGAGCCCAUGCCUGUGACAGUGGCUGGGGAAAAGGAAGAUGAUGUUGAUCACAGGGAGGACUACUUUGAGCCAAUUUCUCCUGAUCGAACAUCCGUUCACCAAGAAGGCCAGUACUCUGAUGAAGGGGAGGUAGAGGAGGAGCAGCCAGAAGAAGGGGAGGAUGAGGAGGAAGAUGUGGAUGUUGAGGAAGAUGAGGAAGAGGAUGAGGAGGAUGGCCAUACAGUAGAGAGUAUUCCUGAGGAGGAGGAAGAGGAGGAGGAGGAGGAGGAAGAUGAAGAAGAGGAAGGUGAGGAGGAGGAGGAGGGUGAAGGUGAUGAUGGCUAUGAGCAGAUUUCAAGUGAUGAAGAUGGAAUUGCUGAUCUGGAACGUGAAACAUUUAAGUAUCCAAGCUUUGAUAUUGAAUAUACUCCUGAGGAUCUAGCCUCCGUGCCACCUGUGACAUACGAGCCUUAUGAAAGAGAGCUUGGACCUCUUUUGUACUUUAACUGCCCUUACAAGACCAUAUUUGAGGUUGAAGUUGGUAAAAUAAAGGAUCAAGAUCCAGACAAGGAAAAUUCAGGGGCAGUAGAAGCCUCAGUUAAGCUAACUGAACUCCUGGAAUUAUAUCAGGAAGAAAGGGGUGCAAAGUGGGUUACAGCUUUAGAAGAAAUUCCAAAUUUAAUAACAAAAGGACUAAGCUACCUGCAAGUGAAGAACACAAAACAGGACGAUAUUACCCAAUUAGUAGACUGGACAAUGCAGGCUUUAAACUUGCAGGUAGCUCUCAGGCAGCCUAUUGCUUUGAAUGUCCGACAGCUUAAAGCUGGAACAAAAUUGGUGUCAUCGCUAGCAGAAUGUGGGACUCAAGGAAUCAUGGGACUCUUGCAUGCAGGAGUUAUUAAUGCAUUAUUUGAACUGUUAUUUGCAGAUCAUGUUUCAUCUUCCCUUAAACUUAAUGCUUUUAAAGCUUUGGAUAGUGUUAUCAGCAUGACUGAGGGAAUGGAAAUGUUUUUAAGAGGUGGGUUAGAGGUACAUGAAAAAAGUGGUUAUCAGAAACUCUUGGAGCUCAUACUAUUAGAUCAGACUGUGAGAGUAGUUACUGCAGGUUCUGCAAUUCUGCAGAAAUGCCAUUUCUAUGAGAUUCUGUCAGACAUUAAAAAGCUUGGUGACCAGUUAGCAGAGAACACUCCUCCCCUUCCUAAUCAUACGGAGUCUGAGCAGGAACCAGACCUUGGGCUUGAGAGAACCAACCCAGAAUAUGAAAAUGAUGUGGAGGCACCUAUGGAUAUGGAUCAUCUUUUGGAAUCUUCUAAUAUCAGUGAAGGAGAAGUAGAAAAACUUAUUAGCCUCUUAGAUGAAAUCUUUCAUUUGAUGGAGACUGCACCACAUACAAUGAUUCAGCCACCAGUAAAAUCUUUUCCAACAAUGGCACGCAUUACAGGACCCCCAGAAAGGGAUGAUCCUUAUCCAGUCCUUUUCAGAUACCUUCAUAGUCACCAUUUCUUGGAAUCUAUUACCUUGCUACUAUCCAUUCCAAUAACAAGUGCUCAUCCGGGUGUGCUUCAGGCUGUCAGAGACGUGUUGAAGUUCCUGGGACAGUCACAAAAAGGUCUCCUCUUCUUCCUGUCUGAGUAUGAAGCAACAAACCUGUUGAUUAGGGCGCUGUGUCAGUUUUCUGAUCCAGAUCAAGAAGAAGGUCUCCAAUCAUAUGGUGCCAGUGAUGAUGCAUUUGCCUUGUGGCUCCUGCAUUCAACACAGACAUUGCAGUGUAUUUCAGAAUUAUUCUGCCACUUUCAGCGGUGCACAGCCAGUGAGGAAACUGACCAUUCAGACCUCUUGGGAACAUUUCAUAACCUUUACCUGAUUACUUUUAACCCUGUUGGAAGAUCUGCUGUAGCUCAUGUGUUCAGCCUUGAGAAGAACCUCCAAAGUCUUAUUACUUUAAUGGAAUACUAUUCCAAAGAAGCUUUAGGUGAUUCCAAGUCCAAGAAGUCGGUUGCCUAUAAUUAUGCAUGCAUACUUGUUUUGCUGGUGGUUCAGUCUUCCAGUGAUGUCCAAAUGCUGGAACAGUACUCAGCGCCUUUAUUGAAGCUUUGUAAGGCAGAUGAAAAUAACACCAAAUUGCAAGAGCUCUGCAAGUGGCUUGAACCUUUGAAAAAUCUUAGAUUUGAAAUUAAUUGUAUCCCAAAUCUCAUUGAAUAUAUUAAACAGAAUAUUGAUAGUUUGAUGACCCAGGAAGGAGUUGGUCUUCUUACUGCACUCCGUGUUCUUUGUCAUGUUGCAUGCCCACCACCUCCUGUUGAAGGUCAACAGAAGGAUCUUAAAUGGAACCUUGCAGUUAUUCAGCUCUUUUCUGCUGAAGGAAUGGACACCUUCAUUCGUGUUCUGCAAAAGUUGAACAGUAUUCUUAUUCAGCCUUGGAGGCUCCAUGUCAACAUGGGAACCACACUUCAUAGAGUUACUACCAUUUCCAUGGCGCGAUGUACACUUAAUCUCCUUAAAACCAUGUUAACUGAGCUCCUGAGGGGUGGAUCUUUUGAAUUUAAAGACAUGCGUGUUCCUUCAGCACUUGUUUCUUUACAUAUGCUUCUGUGUUCUAUCCCUCUCUCAGGCCGUUUAGAUAGUGAUGAACAAAAAAUUCAGAAUGACAUUAUUGAUAUUUUAUUGACCUUUACCCAGGGAGUUAAUGAAAAACUUACAAUCUCAGAAGAAACUUUGGCCAAUAAUACUUGGUCUUUAAUGUUAAAGGAGGUCCUCUCUUCAAUUUUGCGAAUUCCUGAAGGAUUUUUCUCUGGACUUAUACUGCUUUCAGAAUUGCUGCCUCUUCCAUUGCCCAUGCAAACAACUCAGGAGCUGAAAUGGCUGCAUAGAGAUGUUUGGACUUUUCAGUGUACAUUAGUACCGGAAGAGGUUAUUGAACCACAUGAUAUAUCGGUAGCACUCAACACCAGAAAACUGUGGAGCAUGCAUCUCCACGUUCAGGCCAAAUUGCUACAAGAAAUAGUUCGAUCAUUCUCUGGUUCAACUUGCCAGCCUAUUCAGCAUAUGCUGAGGCGUAUUUGUGUUCAGUUGUGUGACUUGGCAACACCAACUGCUCUUCUUAUCAUGAGGACUGUAUUGGAUCUGGUUGUAGAAGAUCUACAAAGCAGUACAGAAGAUAAAGAGAAACAGUAUACUGGCCAGACUACCCGAUUACUUGCUUUACUUGAUGCCCUGGCUUCACACAAAGCUUGUAAAUUAGCUAUUUUGCAUCUAGUUAAUGGAACUAUUAAAGGCGAUGAGAAGUAUGCAGAAGUUUUCCAGGAGCUGUUGGCUUUAAUGAGAUCUACUGGGGACAAUGUUAUUCAUCAGCAAUGUGCUGAAUAUGUAACAUCCAUUUUGCAGUCCCUCUGUGAUCAGGACAUAGCACUAAUUUUGCCAAGUUCCUCAGAGGGAUCUGUUUCUGAAUUAGAACAGCUCUCCAAUUCAUUACCAAGCAAGGAAUUGAUGUCCUUAAUCUGUGACUGUCUGAUGGAAACACUUGCUAAUGCAGAGACCAGUUACAAUUGUCUCCUGACAUGUAUCAGGACAAUGAUGUUCCUUACAGAGCAUGAUUAUGGAUUCUACCACUUAAAGAGCUCUCUAAGAAAACGCAACCAUGCUCUGUAUACCGUAUCAAAGCGAGUAAUAAGUAGCUUUAGUAAGGAUACAGGUGAACUGGCCUCUUCAUUUUUGGAUUUUAUGAGACAAAUUCUAAACUCCGACACACUGGGAUGUUGUGGAGAUGAUGGAAGUCUUAUGGAAGUAGAUGGUUCCCAUCCAGCCAGAACACUGGGUCUUACUACUGCAGAGUUAAAACAUUUAUUACAGAACAAAGAAGAAACUCCAGAAAAUUUGCUCCUUGAACUGGAGAAACAUGUUUUGGAACGUUCUAAAGAAGAUGACAGCCUUGAAUCCUUAUUGGACAAUGUAGCUGGACUUAGGCAGAUGCUGGAAUCAGCAGGCGAUCCUUGUCCUCUGAGUGACCAAGAUGUAGAACCAGUUCUUUCUGCACCAGACUCUCUCCAGAAUCUGUUUAAUAAUAGGACAACAUAUGUGUUGGCAGAUGUGAUGGAUGACCAGCUGAAAUCUAUGUGGUUCUCACCAUUCCAGGCUGAAGAAAUUGACACUGAUCUGGAUAUGGUAAAGGUAGACUUAAUUGAACUGUCAGAGAAAGGCUGCAGUGACUUUGACUUGCAAGCAGAACUGGAGAGAUCAUUUUUGUCAGAACCUUCAUCUCCUGGUAGGACAAAAACCACAAAAGGGUUCAAACUUGGCAAACACAAGCAUGAGACCUUUAUAACUUCAAGUGGAAAAUCUGAGUACAUAGAACCUGCAAAGAGAGCACAUGUUGUGCCACCUCCUAGAGGAAGAGGCCGGGGAGGAUUUGGACAAGGUAUUCGACCACAUGAUAUCUUUCGUCAAAGGAAACAGAAUACAAGCAGACCGCCUUCUAUGCAUGUGGACGAUUUUGUUGCUGCAGAGAGCAAAGAAGUGGUCCCUCCAGAUGGGAUACCACAACCUAAAAGGCCACCAAAAGUAUCCCAGAAGAUAUCUUCACGUGGCGGGUUCUCAGGGAAUCGUGGAGGACGGGGAGCUUUUCACAGUCAGAACAGAUUCUUUACACCACCUGCUUCAAAAGGAAAUUACAAUCGUCGUGAAGGAGCCCGGGGUUCAAGCUGGAGUGCACAAAAUACACCACGAGGCACCUACAAUGAAAGCAGAGGGGGUCAAAGCAAUUUUAAUAGGGGCCCCCUGCCACCAUUGAGGCCAUUAAGUUCUGCAGGCUAUCGACCCAGUCCUCGUGAUCGUGCUUCCAGAGGCCGAGGUGGAAUUGGACCAUCUUGGGCAAGUGCUGGUAGUGGUGGUAGCGGUGGCUCAAGAGGAAAGUUUGUUAGUGGAGGCAGUGGAAGAGGUCGUCAUGUACGUUCCUUCACACGAUAAAAAUGAGACCUUACAGAACAAACCAGCAGGGUGAACGUCUCAUGAUGAUGACAACAAAAAGAGGCACUAAAGGACCAAUUUAGACUUACUGGUAUCUGAAGACAACGAGAGAAUAUUUUUGUCUGAAGAAAGCAGUUUUUGUUUGAAACAAGACUUGAAAUUUCAAUAAAAUUCAAGACUUUGUGUACAAUUGUAUAUCUUUUGUUCCUCUUGAAAGAACAUUAACUUUUUUGUGGACUUCUGUAGACGAUACUGAAUAAGGAAUCCAUGUGAAUUAAGACUUCAAGAAUUCCUCUUCUAAAAUAUUAAUUGUGCCAAAAGCAAGGUACAGGUGUGCUAAUUUUGCAGUAGUACAUAAGGAAGCUUGAGGUUUUCCUCUCAGGUUUAGAACCAUUAGCUCAGUUUCCUAUUGGUCUGUUACUUAUUAAAUGAAUGAGGUACAUCUUACCAAUGGUCCUAGUAAAUGAGAAAAAGACUGACUGAGACUUAACAUGUGAAAGAACACAAAACUUACACAGUUAAUUUAGAAGUUAUGGAUAAGUACUGAUACCACCAUUACAUACAUUAAACUCAAACCUGCACCCAUUGAAAUUGGCAGGAAAACUUCCACUGACUUUAGUAAGAGUAAGUUUAAGUCCCAGAGCGUAACUUUUAGAGAUGUUAUCACUCUAAGCCUGUAUGUUAAGAGCCUGCGUGUAUGCAGUGGUGUUGUAGCUGUGUUGGUCCCAGGAUAUUAGAGACACAAGAUGGGUGAGGUAAUAUUUUUUAAUUGGACCAACUUCUGUUGGUGAGAGAGAGAAGCUUUCGAGCUCACAGAGAGUUCUUCCUCAGUUCUGGGAGAGAUACUCAGUGUCACGGCUAAAAAUAAGGUAGAACAGAUAGUUUUAGCAUAAGUAGAUAACACAUAUUCGAAGAGACCAUUUAAAGUGGAGUGGCCCAUUAACCCCCUAUAAUCAUUAAGACAAAAACCAGAGGUAGUGCACUACAGAUUGUUGUAAUAAGCCAUAAAUCCAGUAUGUUUGUUAAGAUCAUGAUUUUUAGUGUUUAGCAAAGUUAUGAAUUUAAUCUCCCAGGGUAAUCUUUUGAAAGUGCUGUGCAGGUUUCCUUUGAGGAUGAGGACAGGGGUCAGAAAGAGUGACUGACUGCUUUGUGAAAAGUGUUCACCCACAGGUGAUAUUGUGUUUUGUCUUUUAUCAUUUUCACUUGUGUGUGUAAUGGUUGUCUGGUUUCACCCACAUAGUUGUUACUGGGGCAUUUAGUGCACUGGAUGUGGUAGACCACAUGUUGUGAUAGGCAUGUGUGUAACCAUGGAUCUUGAAAGGUGUGUUUGGGGAAGAGAGGAUGUUGAUCAUUGUAUCAGUGUAGAUAUGUCUACAAGUUUUGCAUCUGUUGUUCUGGCAGGGUCUGAUGCCGCUUUGAGUUGCUGUGUCCUGGUCUGUGGGGAGCUUGCUUCUGAAGAUGAGGAAAAGUUCUGUGUAGCUCGAAAGUUGGUCCAAUAAAAGAUAUCUCACCUACCAUGUCUUUCUAAUGUGUGCUAUAAGGAGAUCAUAGGGUGAGGUACCUUCAGUAUAAACAGAAGCUUGAUGGUGUUAAAUUAUUAUUUGUAGCCUGCUGACUUGUGUAGUUGGGGGGCGAGAGUUUAAAAGCAGACUUUCAUAAAACUAAACAAUUCCCUAAGGAAGCAAGAGAUACAAAACUUUUCCCUUUAAUGGACACUUUGGCUUUUUGCUUGCGUAAUUGUUUGAGAUGUCUGAGGUUAAGAUAUACAAUGCAAGAGGAAAAGCUUUGAAAAUUAAGAGCAUAAAAAGAAUCUGUAUAGUCACCUUCACGUUUCUUUUCAUGCUAAAAAACUCAGAAUCAAAUAUAUUUGGAACUCAAAUGUUUACUUUUUCUUUUCAUCUCUGUGGAAUUUGUCCAACAUAAUUACUAAGAAGAUAAGAGGUUAAUAGCUGCAGCCCUCAUUAUACAGGCCCUGUAUACAUUAACCCAUGGUAGACAACUGAAUUUAGACUCUGAUUCUCAUUUACACAUAGGUCCCUUAACACUACCUGAGUGGUGUAAAUGAGCCUUAAUCUUAACGAGGAUCAAGCCCAGUUAGUUUAUACAUUUCCAGCUAAAACUGAUCUUAAUGUACUUUGGUCAACCAGCAAGCAUGCUGCCAUUAAGCAUUAAAAACUCGCCACCUUCCACUCCAAGUGCAAGGCACAUUUCUUUGACCUUACUUUCUCUUAACAAAUGCACAGCACUGAGUGUGUGUGUGUGUGUGUAGGGGGGGGGGAAGGGGUGUAUUUAUUUAUUUUAUCUGUAACUACCAAAACAAGACACUCCACUGCCCACGCUUCUCCUCCUGGGGAGAUGAAGAAAGGAAUAAACACAUGAGAACUGCUAGUCACCUUGCUUAAUUCACUAGUGGGAGGGACUCAGAUACUACAGUGAUGAGAACCUAUAUAAAAUAGAAAAGCAUAUUUUAAUGUGUACUGUAGACUAAGUAAGAACAUGUUUUAAAACACUGUUUAGCCCUAUUGGCUAAGUUGAAUUCAACAGUUUUCUCUGAAACCACAGAGAAAGCAAGUGUAGGAAGGGGCCUUGUAUGUGGAGACACGGGGCAUCAUAGCCCCACAAGUUUCUAGACAAUUACUUUGCACAAAGAAAGUUAAUUGACAGGACCUAUAGGAUAGUUAAACUAAACUUGUUCUAAUUAACUGGGCAUGGCUAAAGGGAAUAAUUUUGUUUCAUACAGUUGUAUAUUUUAAUAUUGUAUAAAGUAACAGACUUCAGAAAAAUGAUUGAAUUGUAGAAUCUGAAAUGUGAAAAAAGCAUUAGAUACUCAAGCCGAUCAAGGAAGAUGGAAUUUUACUAAUGCAAUUGUAAGACUAAAACGGGUGAUCUAGCAAACAUAGGUAUUCAUGCUAUUUUUUUAAAUUGAGGAGCAUUGCAUAAAUAUUUUGUAACGCAGACUGAGGCUCCUUUAAACCAUGGGUCUGAGGUUUUUUAUUUUUUUUAGAAACUUUACAACUUACGAAACUGCAGCAGGGAUGUGAGUGAUUUGUUUUUAGUCGGGAUUUGAAAUGAAAAGUUAAGGAAAAGCUUGAAGUAUGGAACAAACUGUAAAUAUUCAAUUGGUUCUUGAAAGUUUGAAAUACAGCAUGUCAUGCUUGUCAUUUUCAAACUAAAAAAUAAAAGGCUGGUAAAAUUGAUCAAGGUGAACAAAUCUCAGUAAAUCAUUAGUCAAACUUGAAAAUUGAGCAGUAUGUCUACAGUUUCUUUAAACAUAGUUCUAGGCCUUGUAGUUGCUUAGGACUUUAAUAUUUGUGGGAAUUCGUUCAAGGUUAAAUUAACUUGAAAUAAUGCUGUAAAUGCUAUGUUUAAAAUUAAUUUACUUGAUUUGAUACAUUUAAAUUGAAUUCUUACCAUGAGCAACUCAGGUUUAAAACAUUAAAUUCCACUUUUUAAUUUAA